UCCGCGGUAGGAGGCUUAUUUCUGAGAGGGUGCAGGGCUUCGAUCCUAGUGGGCAGGCGCUCCGCGGAACCACCGCUGUCCCCUCCCACCUCAUCUCGGCGUCUUCAACAAGCACUUCAAAAUCCAGCGGACGAAUGAGACCUGCGGGGGAAAUUAGUUGGACAUAGCAGAAAAACACACACAGAGCACCAGCGAAGCGAAGCAAGACGGUGGAGAAAAGAAAGGAGGGAAGAACUAGAGUUUUCUGGGCUGACACUGUGCUAUGGCUGGCAUGCUGCGGAAGCUCAUUGUGCUCGUCCCAGGCGUGUGGAUCUCCCUGAUGCUUCUUCACCCAUGCGCCCAGACUGGGACGGUAGGACAUAAGGAACCCAUUCCUGAUGACAGCAAAGACAACAUCACGAUUUUCACCAGAAUACUAGACAGGCUGCUGGAUGGCUAUGAUAAUCGUCUGCGCCCAGGUUUGGGAGAAAGUGUAACAGAGGUGAAAACGAACAUUUACGUCACCAGCUUUGGGCCAGUGUCAGACACAGACAUGGAGUACACGAUUGAUGUGUUCUUCCGCCAGAGUUGGAGAGAUGAGAGGCUAAAGUUUGAUGGACCAAUGCAGGUACUCCCCCUCAACAACCUUCUGGCCAGCAAAAUCUGGACCCCUGACACCUUCUUCCAUAAUGGAAAGAAAUCUGUUGCCCAUAACAUGACAACACCUAACAAGCUGCUGCGGCUGGUAGACAAUGGCACACUUCUCUACACCAUGAGAUUAACUAUCCAUGCUGAAUGUCCUAUGCAUCUGGAGGACUUCCCAAUGGAUGCUCAUGCCUGCCCAUUGAAGUUUGGAAGCUAUGCCUACACCAAUAAUGAAGUGGUCUACAUCUGGACAAAAGGUGACGAGCGAUCAGUUGCUGUGGCAGAGGAUGGCUCACGACUCAACCAGUAUGACCUGCUGGGGCAUGUCAUCGGCAAAGAGACUAUCAGCUCCAGCACAGGAGAAUAUAUUGUGAUGACAGCCUAUUUCCAUUUGAAAAGGAAAAUCGGCUAUUUUGUGAUUCAGACAUAUCUUCCCUGCAUCAUGACUGUCAUCCUGUCUCAGGUGUCCUUCUGGCUGAACAGAGAGUCAGUGCCUGCACGCACAGUAUUUGGUGUCACUACCGUCCUCACCAUGACAACGCUGAGCAUCAGUGCCCGGAACUCGCUGCCUAAGGUGGCUUAUGCUACUGCUAUGGACUGGUUCAUGGCGGUCUGCUAUGCCUUUGUCUUCUCUGCCCUCAUUGAGUUUGCCACGGUCAAUUACUUCACCAAGCGCAGCUGGGCCUGGGACGGACAAAAAGAGGCGCAGGAAAUGAGGAGAAGGGAGUCUGCUUCACUUUCCAAAAAAGCCAACAACACAUUUAACAUUGUGGGAACAACCUACACCAUCAACGUAGCAAAAGAUCCAGGGUUGACCACCAUUGCCAAGAGUGCCACCGCAGUCCCUGUCAAAAUUCCCAAAGUGGAAGAGCACCUUGUUGAAAGCAGAAAAUCUUACAAUCGCGUCAGCAGAGUGGAUAAGAUAUCACGUAUAAUUUUCCCUGUCCUUUUUUUCAUUUUUAAUUUAGCUUACUGGGCUACAUAUGUCAACAGGAAACCCGUUAUCAUGAAAUCAAACCCACAGAAGUAA